UCCCAGCUGGGAGAAGUAUGUGAAUUACAUAGAUAAGAUGGUUGUAGAAGGCUUCCAUGCUGUUGUUCAGAAGUCUCUCCAAUUCCUUCUCAGCAAUAUGGAAAGUCAGGCUCAUACUUCACCACUGUUUGAAGUUCGUCUUGAACUCACUGAAUCUGACACUGAAUUUCGACCAACAAUUGGAAUAGGCAGUGAAUUCUUUAACCUCAUUGAGACUUUGAUGAACGACGUGUAUAAAUUAGUUGGCCUUGUUCCACGUUUAGCAAAACAUGGUACUCGAAAGAAAUAUCAGAUAGAUCUUGAAGAAAUGACAGAUUUGGCUGAGAUGCGAGAAGAAAUAAUGACUCUGGUGAUAACCACAAUGAAACAAGCAGAGAAGUAUGAAGAAUCAUUUGAUAAUUAUUCUUAUUUGUGGGUGGAUGAUCGCAAUGAAUUUCUGGAAGAAUUUCUAAUAUAUGGACGUGUUCUCACCCAGGAAGAAAUAGAAUCUUAUGGUGAAGGAGGUGUCCCUCCAACUCCACCCACUCUUGAACAGUUUAAAAAUCAGAUUGACUCCUACGAACAACUAUAUGAAGAGGUAUUGAAGUUUGAGACUGUAAAGAUAAUAGAUUCUUGGUUUAAAAUUGAUUGCAGACCUUUCAGGCAGGCACUUCUGAACCUAAUCAAACGCUGGAGCCUUUUGUUCAAACAAUACCUUAUUAACCAUGUAACUGACAGUCUUAGUACUUUGGAGGCUUUCAUAAAGGAGACAAAUGCAGAAUUAUCUAAAACAGUGAAAGAAGGGGAUUUGAAAACUCUUAUACAAGUAAUGGGAUAUCUGAAAAAAAUUAAAGAGCGACAAGUGACCACAGACCAUAUGUUUGAACCUUUGAAGCAAACCAUUGAACUACUCAAGACCUAUGAUGUAGAGAUGCCAGAAGAAGUUCACACACAAUUACAUGAUCUUCCAGAACAAUGGAACAAUACAAAGAAAAUUUCUGUUAUUUGUAAACACGCUGUGGCACCUUUACAAGCCAAUGAAGUCAAUGUCAUUAGAAGAAAGUGUCUACGAUUUGAGAUUAACCAACAUGGCUUUAGACAAAAGUUUAAAGUGAAGGCUCCUUUUAAAUUUGACAAUCCAAAUCCAUAUAAGGCUUUAGAUAAGGCUCAAAAGAAAAUUGUUGCCAUGGAAGUUGAAUUGCAAGCACUAUCACAGUCAGCUGCUCUAUUUGAAGUUUCUGUUCCUGAUUGUAAACAGUUAAAAGCCUGCCGCAAAGAAAUAGUAUUAUUGAAAGAUCUGUGGGACAUGGUUAUCCUUGUUAGCUUAACCAUUGAAGAUUGGAAGACCACCAAAUGGAAAAAUAUUAGUGUGGAGAACAUGGAUGCAGAUUGUAAGAAAUUUGUGAAAGACUUGAGAAGUAUGGAUAAAGAAAUAAGAGCAUGGGAUGUUUAUUCUGGUUUAGACAAUUUAAUAAAGAACACCAUGACUUCAUUGAAAGCUGUAAGUGAACUGCAGAACCCAGCUAUAAGGGAACGUCACUGGCAACAACUUAUGCAGGCAACAAAGGUCAAUUUUGUGAUGUCAGAAGAAACGACACUUGCAGAUUUAUUGAGUCUGCAAUUGCAUAACUUUGAGGAUGAAGUACGCAACAUUGUUGAUAAAUCUGUAAAAGAAUCUGGAAUGGAAAAGGUGUUGGGUCAGCUCGAUAAUAUUUGGAGUGCAAUGGAAUUUGAACAUGAAGUUCAUGGCAGGACAGGAAUUAUGUUAUUGAAAGGAAGUGAUGAUCUAGUAGAGACAUUGGAGGACAAUCAAGUUCAGUUGCAAAACUUAAUAACUUCUAAAUAUAUUGCAUAUUUCCUCAAGGAGGUCUCCAGCUGGCAGCAAAAGUUAUCCACUGCAGAUGCAGUCAUUUCAAUCUGGUUUGAGGUUCAGAGAACUUGGGUUCACCUUGAAAGCAUUUUUAUCGGUUCGGAAGACAUCCGUAUGCAGCUGCCUGAGGACAGCAAGCGUUUUGAAGCAAUUGAUGUUGACUUUAAAGAAAUCAUGGCAGAUGCAAUAAAGACUCCAAAUGUAGUUGUAGCAACAAAUAAACCUGGUUUGUAUGACAGAUUGGAAGAAAUACAGGGACGUUUAACUCUUUGUGAGAAAGCCUUGGCUGAAUAUCUUGAAACAAAACGACUGGCCUUUCCUAGAUUCUACUUUAUAUCUUCUGCAGACCUGCUAGAUAUAUUAUCUAAUGGUAACAACCCUAUGGAGGUGAGUCAACAUUUGUCCAAGCUAUUUGAUAAUAUGGCUAAACUGAAGUUCCAAUUGGACGCAGAUAACAAUCCAAUGAAAGUUGGCAUUGGCAUGUACAGUAAAGAAAAUGAAUAUGUGCCAUUUGAUAAACCAUGCGAUUGCACUGGUCAGGUUGAAAUUUGGUUAAAUCGGCUAUUAGACAGAAUGUGUGCCACAUUGCGUCAUGAAAUUGCUGAGGCUGUAGUAGCUUAUGAAGAGAAGCCUCGAGAGCAAUGGAUAUUUGAAUACCCUGCACAGGUUGCUCUGACCGGUACACAGAUUGUUUGGAAUGGAGAAGUUAGCGGUACAUUUGCAAAACUAGAAGAAGGAUAUGAAAAUGCUAUGAAAGACUAUCUGAAAAAGCAGAUCAGUCAACUGAAUUCACUUAUCACAUUACUGAUUGGCAACUUAACGGUGGGAGAAAGGCAAAAGAUCAUGACUAUUUGCACAAUAGAAGUACAUGCUCGAGAUGUUGUAAACAAAAUGAUUGCAACUAAGGUGGAGAAUAUCCAAGCUUUUACUUGGCAGUCUCAACUAAGACAUCGCUGGGAUGAUGAGAAGCAGCAUUGUUUUGCUAACAUUUGUGACGCGCAGUUCAGAUAUUCUUAUGAGUACCUAGGCAACACUCCUCGAUUGGUUAUUACUCCACUUACAGACAGGUGCUAUAUUACAUUAACACAGUCACUGCAUCUGAUUAUGGGUGGUGCACCAGCAGGACCUGCAGGAACAGGAAAAACAGAGACAACCAAAGAUUUAGGGAGAGCUUUAGGCAUUAUGGUGUAUGUAUUCAACUGCUCGGAACAAAUGGACUACAAAUCCUGCGGGAAUAUCUACAAGGGUUUGGCGCAAAGUGGAGCCUGGGGCUGUUUUGAUGAAUUCAACAGGAUCUCCGUUGAAGUUUUGUCAGUGAUUGCUGUGCAGGUGAAAUGUAUCCAGGAUGCAAUACGUGACAAGAAAAAACAAUUUAAUUUUCUGGGAGAAAAUAUUGUCCUUAUCCCUACAGUUGGUAUUUUCAUCACAAUGAACCCAGGCUACGCAGGACGGACAGAACUUCCAGAAAAUCUGAAGGCAUUAUUCCGACCCUGUGCUAUGGUAGUACCAGACUUUGAGUUAAUUUGUGAAAUCAUGUUGGUUGCUGAAGGCUUCAUUGAUGCCAGACUACUUGCUAGAAAAUUUAUUACUCUUUACACAUUAUGUAAAGAGCUCCUUUCUAAACAGGACCACUAUGAUUGGGGAUUGCGAGCUAUUAAGUCAGUGUUAGUUGUGGCUGGCUCUUUAAAAAGAGGAGAUCCAACUCGUCCUGAAGAUCAGGUUCUUAUGAGAGCUUUGAGAGACUUUAAUAUUCCAAAGAUAGUUACAGAUGAUUUGCCUGUGUUUAUGGGACUCAUUGGAGAUCUAUUCCCAGCGCUGGAUGUGCCAAGAAAGAGAGAUUUUGAUUUUGAACAGGUUGUUAGGCAGUCAAUACUAGAACUCCAUCUACAGCCUGAAGAUAGCUUUGUUCUGAAAGUAAUUCAGCUAGAGGAAAUACUUCAAGUACGUCACUCAGUCUUUGUUGUUGGCAAUGCUGGAACUGGAAAAUCACAGGUGAUGCUAUCAUUGAAAACUACCUAUUUAAAGAUGAAGCGAAAAGCCAUUACUGUAGAUCUUGAUCCUAAAGCUGUGACUUGUGAUGAACUAUUUGGAAUCAUUAACCCAGCCACGAGGGAAUGGAAGGAUGGACUUUUCUCAACUAUCAUGCGUGACCUUGCAAAUAUUUCACAUGAUGGACCAAAAUGGAUUGUGCUGGAUGGUGAUAUAGAUCCAAUGUGGAUUGAGUCUCUCAAUACUGUAAUGGAUGACAACAAGGUUUUAACACUUGCCAGCAAUGAGCGCAUUCCACUGAAUCCCACAAUGCGUUUACUGUUUGAGAUUAGUCAUCUGAGGACAGCCACACCAGCUACAGUGUCCCGGGCAGGAAUACUCUACAUCAAUCCAGCCGAUCUUGGCUGGAACCCUGUUGUAGCCAGCUGGAUUGAGAGCCGUGAAGUACAAUCAGAAAAAGCAAAUCUUCUGAUAUUAUUUGAUAAAUACUUGCCUACCUGCCUUGAAAAGUUACGUACAGGAUUUAAAAUGAUUACUCCAAUUCCAGAGAUCACCAUGGUGCAGACAGUACUCCAUUUGAUGGAAUGUCUUCUGACCCCAAUUAAUACACCCGCUGACUCUCCCAAAGAACUCUAUGAAUUGUACUUUGUUUUUACUUGUGUUUGGGGUUUUGGAGGUACUAUGUUCCAAGAUCAGCUUGUGGAUUAUCGUGUAGAAUUCAGCAAAUGGUGGGUGAAUGAAUUUAAAUCUGUCAAGUUCCCAUCCCAAGGUACUGUCUUUGACUAUUACAUUGAUUCAGAAUCAAAGAGAUUUAUGCCCUGGACAGACAAGGUACCCGCAUUUGAAUUGGAUUCUGACUUACCACUCCAGGCUGCCUUUGUACAUACGACAGAGACCAUCCGCCUACGUUAUUUCAUUGAUCUAAUGCUAGACAUUGGUCGACCAAUAAUGUUAGCAGGAAAUGCUGGAACAGGAAAAUCUGUACUCAUGUGGGAAAAGUUGAACAGUCUAAGUAUUGAGGACUAUUUGGUUCAAGCUGUCCCUUUUAACUUCUACACUAAUUCUGCAAUGUUACAAGCUGUUCUGGAGAAGCCAUUGGAAAAGAAAACAGGAAGAAACUUUGGCCCACCUGGGAUCAAGAAAUUAAUUUAUUUUAUCGAUGACAUGAACAUGCCUGAGGUAGAUAAGUAUGGAACUGUAGCACCUCAUACACUAAUUAGGCAACACUUGGACCAUGGGCAUUGGUAUGAUAAGGUCAAGUUAACAUUGAAAGAUAUUCAUAAUUGCCAGUAUGUUGCCUGUAUGAAUCCCACAGCUGGCAGCUUUACAAUUGAUUCUAGACUUCAGCGUCAUUUCUGCGUCUUUGCUGUGAGUUUCCCAGGACAAGAUGCACUUCACUCUAUCUACAGCACCAUCCUUUCUCAACAUCUAACUGCUCGAAAUUUUCCAUCAGCAGUGAUAAAAUUCCAUACGCAGCUAGUCUCUGCAGCCCUUGCCUUGCAUCAGAAAAUUGCAGCAUUUUAUCUGCCAACUGCCAUUAAAUUCCAUUACAUAUUCAACUUGAGAGAUCUCUCUAACAUAUUUCAGGGUCUUCUCUUUGCAACAACAGAAUGUGCAAAAACAGCUCAAGAUUUAGUCCGGCUUCUGUUACAUGAAUCUUCCCGAGUCUACGGUGAUAAAUUCAUUGAUGAAUAUGACACAGAAAAUUUUCCAAAACAUCAGCAUUUCAUCUGUCAAAAGUUCUUCCAGGACAUGGAUGAAUCUGCUCUUUUUGAAAAGCCCAAUAUUUUCUGCCAUUUUUCUUCUGGUAUUGGAGACCCAAAGUAUUUACCUGUGAAGAAUUGGGAAUCUUUGAACAAAAUAUUAGUGGAAGCUCUGGACAGCUACAAUGAAAUCAAUGCUGUUAUGAACUUGGUUCUGUUUGAAGAUGCAAUGGCUCAUAUCUGUAGGAUAAAUCGUAUUUUAGAAUCACCCAGAGGAAAUGCACUACUUGUCGGAGUUGGAGGCAGUGGAAAGCAAAGCCUGUCUCGGUUAUCAGCAUAUAUAAGCUCUUUAAAUGUUUUCCAGAUCGCACUUAAGAAGGGGUACUCUGUUAGUGACCUCAAGGUGGAUCUUGGUGCUCAGUAUAUCAAUGCUGGAGUAAAAAAUCAUGGAACAGUAUUUAUGAUGACAGAUUCCCAGGUGGCAGAGGAGAUGUUUCUUGUUCUUAUCAAUGACCUUUUGGCAUCUGGUGAGAUUCCAGGACUGUUUCAGGAUGAUGAGUUUGAAAAUAUUGUUGGUGCAAUGAGAAAUGAAGUUAAAUUACUGGGUUUGCAAGAUACCAAAGAAAAUUGUUGGAAGUUCUUCAUAGAUAGAGUGAGGAGGCAACUAAAGGUUGUUUUAUGUUUUUCACCUGUGGGUUCAAUUCUACGAGUACGUGCUCGAAAGUUUCCUGCUUUGGUAAACUGCACAUCUAUAAAUUGGUUCCAUGAGUGGCCAGAAGAAGCUUUGGUGUCCGUCAGUAAACGUUUUCUUGAGGAAACAGAGAGUAUUGAGAGUGAUGUAAAGAAUUCUAUAAGCCUGUUCAUGUCAUUUGUACACAAAAGUGUCCAAGAGAUGUCUGCAAUCUACCUAGCAACUGAAAGGCGCUACAACUACACCACUCCCAAAACAUUUCUGGAACAAAUAAAGCUCUAUCAAAGCCUACUCUCAAAGAAAAGGAAAGAAUUGACUGCUAAAAUGGAUAGACUUGAAAAUGGUUUGGCUAAACUUAAUAGCACUGCUGGCCAGGUAGAUGAUUUAAAAAGUAAACUUGCUGUACAAGAAGUGGAGCUGCAACAGAAAAAUGAGGAUGCAGACAAAUUAAUUAAAGUUGUUGGACAGCAAACAGAAAUUGUGACCAAAAAUAAAAGAAUUGCUGAUGAGGAGGAGAAAAAAGUACAAAUCAUUAAUGAGAACGUAAGAGAAAAGCAACAGUCUUGUGAAGAAGACUUGGCAAAAGCAGAGCCAGCUUUAAUUGCAGCACAAGAAGCACUGAAUACAUUAAAUAAGAACAACUUGACAGAGCUGAAAUCUUUCGGCUCCCCACCAGAUGCUGUAGUUCUUGUGGCAGCUGCUGUAAUGAUCCUUUUAGCACCAAGUGGAAAACUCCCAAAGGACAAAAGCUGGAAAGCUGCGAAAGUUAUGAUGGGUAAAGUGGAUACUUUUUUAGAUUCACUAAUAAACUAUGACAAGGAACAUAUCCCUGAGUCAUCUUUGAAAGCUUUCCGCCAGCCAAUCCUUGAUAAUCCAAUGUUUGACCCAGAUUUUAUUCGUACUAAAUCCAUUGCUGCAGCUGGUCUGUGUUCAUGGUGUAUAAAUAUUGUCAAAUUUUAUGAGGUCUUUUUGGACGUGGAACCUAAGAGGAUCGCUCUGGCACAGGCCAAUGCUGAACUGGCAGCUGCACAGGAGAAACUUGCUGGUAUCACACGUAUGAUAAAUGAACUUGAUGAUAAUUUAGCAAAGUUGACAGCUGAAUUUGAAAAAGCCACAUCUGAAAAGCUCAAAUGUCAACAAGAAGCUGAUAACACCAACAGGACAAUUUCACUUGCAAACAGACUUGUUGGAGGUUUGGUAUCAGAGAAAAUACGCUGGGGUGAUUCGAUAGCCAUGUUCAAGGAACAGGAAAAAACACUGUGUGGAGAUGUGCUCCUUGUUACAGCUUUUGUUUCAUACGUUGGAUACUUCACAAAAAAAUACAGAAACGAACUUUUGAAUGAACACUGGCUCCCUUUUCUACAAAAAUUGGAGGUGCCAAUUCCAAUAACUGAAAACUUGGAUCCACUCUCUCUUCUGACUGAUGAUGUUGACAUUGCUGCCUGGAAUAAUCAGGGGUUACCUAGUGAUCGAACAUCAUCUGAAAAUGCUACAAUCCUCUGUAACACAGAGCGUUGGCCUCUAAUUAUUGAUGCACAACUGCAAGGUGUCAAAUGGAUUAAAAGGAAGUAUGGUGAUGAUUUGAAAGUCAUAAGACUUGGACAAAGAGGUUACCUUGAUAGUAUUGAAAAUGCGGUAUCCAAUGGAGACACUUUAUUACUUGAAAACAUCAGUGAGACAGUGGAACCAGUCCUGGAUGCUCUUUUGGGAAGAAACACCAUCAAAAAGGGAAAGUAUAUCCAUAUAGGAGAUAAAGAAGUUGAAUAUCAUCCCAACUUCAGGAUGAUACUUCAGACCAAGUAUUUUAACCCUCACUUCAAACCAGAAAUGCAAGCCCAAUGUACUUUGAUUAAUUUCCUUGUAACAAGAGAUGGUCUGGAAGAUCAACUGCUGGCUGCUGUGGUUGCUAAAGAACGUCCUGAUUUAGAAGAGCUGAAGGCAAGACUGACAACACAACAGAAUGAAUUCAAGAUUGUUCUUAAACAAUUAGAAGACUCUCUUUUAGCUCGACUCUCAGAAGCUUCUGGAAAUUUCCUUGGUGAUACAGCUCUGGUGGAGAACUUGGAGACAACCAAACAAACUGCAACUGAAAUAGAACAGAAGGUCGCUGAAGCAAAGGUAACAGAGGUUAAAAUAAAUGAGGCAAGAGAAAACUACAGAACUGCUGCCCAGAGAGCAUCCUUACUCUACUUUGUUAUUGAUGACCUGAAUAAGAUCAAUCCUAUUUACCAGUUCUCUCUCAAGGCUUUUCAUGUUACGUUUGAGAAAGCUAUUCAACGCUCAGUACCAGCAGAUGAUGUCAAGGAGCGUGUCCUCAAUCUCACUGAUGAAAUCACCUAUUCUGUUUUUGUGUAUAUAACCAGAGGUCUAUUUGAAAGAGAUAAACUAAUCUUCACAGCUCAAGUUGCUUUUCAGGUAUUUUUAAUGAAAAAAGAAAUAAAUCCAAAUCAUCUUGACUUCUUGCUGCGAUUCCCAUUUAAAGCUGGUGUUACAAGCCCUGUUGACUUUCUUUCACACCAAGGAUGGGGCGGAAUCUUGGUCUUGGCAGAAAUGGAACAGUUUAAGAAUCUUGACAGUGACAUAGAAGGUUCAGCCAAUCGUUGGAAAAAAAUUGUGGAGUCAGAAGCUCCAGAGAAGGAGAAAUUGCCACAGGAAUGGAAAAAUAAAGGGCCAAUGGAGAAACUCUGCAUGAUGCGAUGUAUGAGACCGGACAGAAUGACAUAUGCUGUUAGUGGCUUUGUGGAGGAGAAGCUUGGAGCUAAAUAUGUGGAGGGUCGUAGUAUGGAAUUUGCAAAAUCAUAUGAAGAAAGCAGUCCUUCCAUUCCAGUAUUCUUCAUUCUCUCACCAGGAGUUGAUCCACUGAAGGAUGUCGAGGCAUUGGGCAAGAAAUUGGGCUUUACCAUUGACAAUGGCAAAUUUCAUAAUGUAUCAUUGGGGCAGGGUCAGGAGAUAGUGGCAGAACAAGCUUUGGAUGAAGCAGCUGCAGACGGACACUGGGUUAUUCUUCAGAACAUUCAUCUAGUUGCUAAAUGGUUGAGUACAUUAGAUAAGAAAGUGGAAUUUUAUAGUUUGAACAGUCACGACGAUUAUCGUGUGUUUAUGACUGCUGAGCCAGCGGGAACACCUGAGUCACAUAUUAUUCCCCAGGGAUUACUGGAGAAUUCCAUUAAAAUCACCAAUGAACCCCCAACGGGCAUGUAUGCCAACCUUCACAAAGCUUUGGACUUAUUCAACCAGGAUACCUUGGAGAUGUGUUCCAAAGAAUCAGAAUUCAAGUGCAUCCUUUUUUCUCUCUGUUAUUUUCAUGCUGUGGUUGCUGAGAGGCGUAAAUUUGGAGCACAAGGAUGGAACAGAGCCUACCCAUUUAACAAUGGAGAUCUUACAAUUUCUGUUUAUGUUCUGUACAACUAUUUGGAAGCUAAUCCUAAGGUUCCCUGGGAUGAUUUACGCUAUCUGUUUGGUGAAAUAAUGUAUGGCGGCCACAUUACUGAUGACUGGGAUCGUAAACUGUGUCGUACUUAUCUAGAGGAAUACAUCAGAAAUGAAAUGCUGGAUGGCGAACUUCUGCUUGCACCGGGCUUCCCUAUCCCACCAAAUUCUGAUUACAAUGGCUAUCAUGAUUAUGUGAAUGAGAUGUUGCCUCCUGAGAGCCCAUACCUGUAUGGCCUGCACCCGAAUGCAGAAAUUGGAUUUCUGACAGUGAUCUCUGAAAAGUUGUUUCGCACAGUCCUCGAGUUGCAACCAAAAGAAUCUGCUGCAGAAAGUGGUGGUGGAGCAACUAGGGAGGAAAAGGUUAAGGCAGUCUUGGAUGAAAUCCUGGAAAAACUGCCAGAGAGUUUUAAUAUGCAUGAGAUCAUGGGUAAAGUUGAAGAAAGGACACCUUAUGUAGUUGUGGCUUUCCAGGAAUGUGAAAGAACAAACAUAUUGACUGCGGAGAUAAAACGGUCGUUGAAGGAGCUAAAUCUGGGAUUAAAGGGAGAACUAACUAUCACAGCCGACAUGGAAGAGAUUUCAAAUGCCUUAUUUUUCGACAUAGUUCCAGCAACAUGGGCAGCCUUAGCUUAUCCAUCACUUUUCAGCUUAGGUGCUUGGUUUAGUGAUCUUCUUCUUCGUAUCAGGGAACUGGAAGCUUGGAGUGCAGAUUUUGCUUUGCCUAGUGCAGUGUGGCUUGGUGGCUUUUUCAAUCCACAGUCUUUCCUCACGGCUAUAAUGCAGUCCAUGGCCAGGAAAAAUGAAUGGCCACUAGACAAAAUGUGUCUGGCUGUUGAAGUUACAAAGAAAAACAGAGAAGAUAUGACAAGUGCUCCCAGAGAAGGCGCCUACGUCCAUGGGCUGUACAUGGAAGGUGCACGUUGGGAAAAGAACAGUGGAAUCAUUACUGAUGCACGACUGAAGGAGCUUACACCAGGAAUGCCAGUUGUGUUCAUCAAAGCCAUUCCAGUUGAUCGUCAAGAAACAAAAAACAUUUACGAAUGUCCAGUGUACAAAACCCGCAGCCGAGGUCCAACCUAUGUUUGGACUUUCAACCUGAAAACAAAAGAGAAACGAGCCAAAUGGAUCCUUGCAGGUGUUGCUGUUUUACUACAAGUUUAAAUCGUAAAGUAUAGACUUAAAAAAUCUCAUUUAUAAUGUCAUGACGCAGAA